AACAAAAUACUACGUGCAGAAGUUCGAAGGAGAUCUCUGCAUCGCCUGCUUGACAUUCGAAGGUUAACCAUUAAACAUCGUCAACAUGUCAAUGUUGAACAAAUUUCGUACGUCUCAAGUAAUUUGCAAGUUGAAUAAAAUUACGAGGCGUGGAAUGGCUGAAUCGAAACCUGAUACCAGUAUUAAACCUCAUACUGAAGCCGCAUACACAUCCCCUAAUUCAGCACUAGGAGAUGUUCACAGGGUUAGUAAAGUGGAAAGAUAUUUCCUGGUUUGGACAAAAAAAUUCAAGUCUACAAAAGAUGUUCCUGGCUAUGUUUCGAGAGACAUGAUGGAAAAGGCUAGAAACAUCAUGCGUAUAAGACUUAACUUAUCCAUCAUAGCUCUUUGCUUGAUUGGGGCAUUAUUUGCAGCCAAAAGUGGGAAAAAGGCUGCUGCUAGGGGAGAAUCCGUCACUAAGAAUAACCUUCAGUGGCAUAAAGAUUACAAUAAUUCCCAAAAUGCACAGCUCCCUAAGUGA